CCAACCGCGAGAGAAGAGCGACGAGAAAGAAAGAGAGCGCGAAACCCGCGUCGUCGUGUAUAACGCGCGCGCUGCUGUAUACGUCCGCAGAUCUGCGUUAAGGUUCUCGCGAAAAGAUCGUUCCCGUGUCUCCGACGGUCCCGGGGAACUCGACUUGGGGCAUUUGGUACCGGCUGAUCCGCGCGCCGUUAACGAUCGCUCCUGCGUUGGGCGCGCUCGGUGUUCGAGGAUUGUUUCGAGGAGAAUAAUCUCAGGAUCCGCACGUCUUUCGCGAACAAAAUUCAUUCUCGCACGUGCACGCAUCGCCGUAACGCGAACUUGCGUCUCGUCGCCGAGGCGUCGGGUCACAGUUGACACAUACAUACACACACAUGCACACACACACACACACACGGGGAGUGUGUUUGAACGAGCGCCGCGGGAGAUGUUCCCGGGUGGACCGCGCGGCAAGCCGGGCAAGUUCAUUUCAGCGGGAAGAGAUACAGGCACGAUUCUCCGCGCAUCGUCGUGUGUGUGUGUGUGUGUGUGUGUGUUAUCGGAGGAACGUCCGCAGGAACGGUGGGAACCAACGCGGUUUUAAUUCCGCGCGCGGAGCGGAAGGAGCUCCUUCGCGUAUCGCGGCGAAACCGCUGAGAAAAACCGGCUCCUCAGUCAUGUAAUUUCACAAAGCGGUCCAGCCAAUUAGCAGAAUUCGGUUUGCGAACAUUUGACUCGAGUUCACGAAAUUGCUGACGUGCGGAGGAUUGGGUGAUGAACUCGUGGUACAAGCGGAAGACUACUGCCGCAGUUGAAAGAUGUUUCGCUCCAAGAUUCGCAUUCACACGUGUCAAGUGAUACUGCUGACGUCGCUGGUAUGGUUCCUGGUCGACGUUAUGGUGCUCAUGCUCUACUCGGAUUGCAUCGGAGGAUCCGGAUGGGGCUGUUCGGAUAACAACAAGCAGCAGCAGCAGCAACAGCAGCAGCAACCGCUCCAGUCCGAGGAACCGUCGUCACAGCUCCAUCCGAAGAUCCAGGCCAGGGAGGCACAGCCGCUCAGGCAUGAGCACAACAAGAAGCAGUAUCCGCAAUCGACGUUGCACCUAUGGCGACCGGCGAAGGUCGUCAAGGAAAGCAAGGGCAGUCCAGGCGAGAUGGGAGCGGCGGUGCAUAUUGCUCCGGAAAACGAGGCCAAGCAGCAGGAACUGUUCAAGCUAAAUCAGUUCAAUCUGAUGGCCAGCGACAUGAUCUCCCUGAACCGAUCCCUGAAGGACAUCAGACUCGAGGGUUGUAAGACUAAGAAGUAUCCCAAGUAUCUUCCAGACACAAGUAUCGUCAUAGUUUUCCAUAACGAAGCGUGGACCACGCUGCUGAGGACAGUCUGGUCCGUGAUAAACAGGUCACCCAAGUCGCUGUUGAAGGAAAUUAUUCUGGUGGACGACGCGAGCGAGCGCGAUCACUUGAAACAAGACUUGGAGGACUACAUAGCCAAGCUACCCGUUCCCACGUACGUGUAUCGCACAGAAAAGAGGUCAGGUCUGAUAAGAGCAAGACUGUUGGGAGCGAAGCACGUAAAAGGACAAGUAAUCACAUUCUUAGACGCGCACUGCGAGUGUACCGAAGGUUGGCUGGAACCGUUACUUUCGCGAAUCGCGAACGACAGACACACCGUCGUCUGUCCGAUCAUCGAUGUGAUCAGCGACGACACCUUCGAGUACAUCCCGGCCAGCGACAUGACGUGGGGCGGUUUCAACUGGAAGCUGAAUUUUAGAUGGUACAGAGUUGCGCAGAGAGAAAUGGACAGAAGGAACAGCGACAGAACGUCACCAUUGCGAACGCCAACGAUGGCAGGUGGAUUGUUCUCCAUUGAUAAGGACUAUUUCUACGAGUUGGGCGCGUAUGACGAAGGCAUGGAUAUCUGGGGCGGUGAAAAUCUCGAAAUGAGUUUCCGGGUGUGGCAAUGUGGCGGAACGUUAGAAAUCAGUCCGUGCUCACACGUGGGACACGUAUUCCGGGACAAGAGUCCGUAUACAUUCCCGGGCGGUGUCAGCAAGAUAGUCCUGCACAAUGCGGCCAGGGUGGCCGAAGUCUGGAUGGAUGAGUGGAGAGAUUUUUACUAUGCCAUGAAUCCAGGAGCGCGAAGCGUCGACGUCGGUGACGUAUCCGAGCGAAUAAAACUCCGGGAACGACUGAAGUGCAAGAGCUUCAGAUGGUACUUGGAGAACAUAUAUCCGGAAUCGCCGAUGCCAUUAGAUUAUUACUAUCUCGGCGAUGUGAAAAAUGUUGAAACGCAAACUUGUUUGGAUACUAUGGGCAGAAGAACCGGGGAGAACGUUGGAAUUAGUUAUUGUCAUGGGUUAGGUGGUAAUCAGGUAUUCGCUUACACUAAGCGGCAACAGAUAAUGUCCGACGAUAUGUGCCUUGAUGCAGCUAGUCCGCAAGGUCCCGUGAAAAUCGUACGAUGUCAUGGAAUGGGUGGUAAUCAAGCGUGGGUUUACAACGAUGAGACCAAAAUGAUCAGACACACGAACACAGGCCACUGUUUGUCGAAACCCCAUAUGGGCGACGCCUCGCAGCCCGUCUUGGCGCAGUGCGACGUCAAUAACAUCGGCCAAAAAUGGAUCAUGCGUAGCAAAUUCAAGUGGCAAGCCAGCUAAUACAAAUCCAUUCUAAAAUCCGUGCGCGUACUCAUUAAUCUAUUUAAAAAAUGGUAAUCGCGCAAUGGAUUGCGACAAACUGUCCAAGUGUACGUAAACAAGAAGAGAAUGGAGUAUUACAAGUGAUGAAAAAAAACAAAAAAGAAAAACAUGAAACGGUUUAUUCGGUUAACCCAUGAUUCAAAUGUGCGUCGAACGGAAUUGAUGGUGCGCGAAAAAAAAUUAAUGACUUUUGACUCGCGUGAGAAAAAAAAAUUGAGAUCGCGUAGUUGAUUUGAUCCUGUAGAAUUUAUUCGCGUGAUCGCGCAGUGUUGAGAGAAAUGACUGCCAUUUUCCGUGGUGCGCGACCCUUAUGCCUUGAUCAAUGCACAAGAGUGACGGGGAUAAAGCGACUAUUUAGCCGCGUAUAGACACAAGUGACGUUAAAAGAGAGAGAAACAAAGUGAACUCUUUUCUUCUUUCCUGGCUAAUGAGCGCGGUAAAGAAGAAAGCAUAUCAGACCACUGUUAAAUAAAUAAAUAAAUAAAAUAGUUGUUAAUGCGAAAGAGCGAAAGGGAGAGCGAGAGAAAGAGAGAGAUAUGUUUGAUAAUUUCAGAGUGCAAUGACUGUCCAUUAGAUCGCGAUAACACGAAAAAAAAAAAAACAAUGUGAAUACGCUAGGAAUUAAUUGACGAAUGCUGGAAGUGCGUUAGUGAAAUCGAUAUGACGCUACCGAGAAUAA